AUGACUAUCAUCAACUCACGCAUUAUUGACGUACGUCAGAGCACAUUCGAGGAAUCCAUUCCCGAUCAAGUCAGGGCUGGGCUGUCCGCGACGCCCAAAACUCUUCCAGCUCUUCUCUUCUACAGCGGGGAAGGAAUUCGGCACUGGAUUGAACACUCUACUGCCGCCGACUUCUAUCCACGACAUGAAGAGCUGCGCAUUCUACGCGCCCGAGCGGCUGAAAUGGUUGAGUCGAUUGCCAACAACAGUGUAGUGGUUGAUCUUGGGAGCGCAAGCCUGGACAAGGUUCUACCGUUACUGGAAGCAUUGGAGGCAUCGAAGAAGAACAUUACAUUCUAUGCGCUCGAUCUGAGUUUUUCGGAGCUUCAAUCUACGCUGCAGUCCCUUCCAUACGAACAAUUCAAGUUUGUCAAAAUUGGUGCACUUCAUGGAACUUUCGAAGAUGGAGUGCAGUGGCUGAAAGAUACCCCGGGAGUACAGGACCGGCCGCACUGUCUCCUAUUGUUUGGACUGACAGUAGGUAACUAUUCGCGGGCAAAUGCAGCCAAGUUUCUUCAGAACAUCGCAAACAACGCAUUGGCCGCUAGCCCAGCUCAAAGCUCUAUUCUCCUGAGUCUGGACAGUUGCAAAAUGCCAACCAAAGUGCUGCGCGCCUACACUGCUGAAGGCGUCGUUCCUUUUGCCUUAGCGUCCCUGGACUAUGGAAACACCCUGUUCGCUCCAAAUAAAAUGAGGGACCAGGUAUUUCAGCCCAGCGACUGGUACUUUCUGAGUGAGUGGAACUAUAUGCUAGGCCGACACGAAGCCUCUCUCAUCACGAAGGGCAAGGAGGUCAGACUUGGGGGCCCAUUGAACGACAUCGUUAUCGAGAAGCAUGAGAAGGUUCGUUUCGGAUGUAGCUACAAGUAUGAUACAGACGAGCGUCAAGUAUUAUUUGGGUCGGCGGGAUUGACGGAUGUGAAAGAAUGGUCGGCUGAGGGUUGUGAUGUUACUUUUUACCAGCUCCAAAUGUGUCCCAAUUGA